AUGGGUUUCGUGAGCGGCCGGCACAUGUUGCCGGGUGACCGCUACCGAGAUGACCAGCGUCGAGAUGACCGCCGUCGUGAUGAAGACAGAAGAAGAGAUGAUCGUGAAUAUCACUCUAGUUCUCGCAGCUCGAAGACAUCUCGUUCGGAUUCCAGAGAUGAUUCGCGGAGGAAACGCCGGUCCAGCUCCGGUGAUUAUGAUAUCGAAGCUGAACGCCGCCGGAUAGCUGAAUCUAACGCGAGGAUUGAACGUCAACAACGUAAAGACCGAGAACGAGAAGAAGAAAGCAAACGUCGAAAGAAAGCUGAGAAUCGUAAACAGCGUAAGGUAAGUUCUAAACCUGAAUCUAAACCCGAGUCUAAAUCUAAAAAGAAAAGCGUUACCGAGCCCGAUUCAAAAUCUAAAUCCAAAAAGAAAAGUAAAGCGCCUAAGUCUAAACCUGAUUCAAGUACAAGUACGAACACCGCCCCUCCACCCCCGAUUAAUCCGCCUGUGCAAAACGAACCAGCGAAGAAAAAGAAAAAGAAGAAGAAGAAACCAUCUGAUAAAACUUCCGAAGCAAAUACAGCAUCCCAACAACCGUCGAACCGCUCGUUAAAUAUAGAAACGAUUAGCAACCUGAGUGAACCGAGCGUCUCAACGCAGCAACCUGAACCGACUAGUCAACCUGCACCGACUCAUCAACCUGAAUACGUUGAAGUUACUCCUGAAUUACGAAGACCUACUUGGACGUUUGACUAG